AUGGGCAAGAAAUCCACCCCUAGGAAGGCGUGGACCGUUGAGCGUCUCACAGAAGCCUUGGAGCAAAGAUCGAGGGAAAUGAAGGGGUCCCAUCGGGACCUUGUCGCCUUUACUCUCAAGUCCGCCAAGCCGGUUGAGAGGCGCAUCAUGACGGGACAAGACUGGUUUGCCGGCCUCAAGUGUGAUCCAGUCCCUGCAGAGGAGCCUAAAGACGACAGCAUGUUCAAGAUUAAGGUGAAACAUCACAUACGUGGCAAGAAGGAUCAGCGUGUCUUUCACUUCAGGGUCAUUUGCAUCAAGACGGACAAGCCGCGCGUGCCCCAGUAUCGCUUUCACCACAAAGAGAUCGCAAGAAACGUCCUCACUCCGAACACGAUGCUCAAGUUCGUUCCCCACAUCCGGGACCUGGAUCCGAGCGAGGAGCGCGAGUAUAACGUGUGGCUCAAGCAACUGGAACGAAUGGAUGCUAGCUGCGGGUUCAAACCCAUGGGCACUAGGGAGCAGCGCGUCAUCCGGACGACGAAGAAGGAGAGGACCGCCAUGGUGGCGCUCUAUCUACCCGACUGGCUCGAGAAGCUCGCCAUCGACGGGUGCACCCGAUCAACCUUGAUCCGCCACAUGGUCGACACGGGGUCCGACAUUGACAUGACUCCGCAGCAGAAAUCGAGUCUGUACCAACUUCAUAGCGAUAACGACCCCGUCUCCAUUUCGCCCAGGACGGGCCGGAUCGCAGCCAUGUUCACGGAAGCCUUCAAUAGGGUUUUUCACGACAGCGCUCCCCCCGACAGGGCGAUCACCUUGAAAGAUAUCCUCAUGCUCGACAAGGGCGUCGACGACAUUGUCGAGGCGAAAAAGACGGCCAAGAAUGCGACGCAGGAGGAUGCGGUGAAACCGGACGAUCCGCAGACUUUCCUCGAGACUUAUUCCAUCAUGGGGUGUCUCAUCUGCUUCAGCAACUCCUGCGAGCAUGGCGACUACGGUGUGAAUAACGAGAAGAGGAAUUUCUCCCUCGACUGCAACGGCCAGCUGGAGCAGCCUCUAGCCAAGUCGAAGGCGGCCAUGGAAAAAAGAGACCGCGACGAGACCGUCAUCGAACCCUGCUACAGGGACUGCUUCAUGACCCACGGCCCUGCAGAUCACGGCGGAUCACGGCCCUGGACCAGUGACGAAGAAAUGGUGCUCAAGACACUUUUCUCGGUAGUGGAAUGCAGCAGCAGGGUUACAUCAAAGCCCGAGUGCAUGGCGGCAGAGAUUCUGGAUCGCAGGUGCUGGGAUGUUCGCCGCCAGUUGGUCGAACUGGAUGUGUCCGUUCCCGAGGACGACUCGCCCAACGCCUCGCUCCCCCAGGCUAAGGUUCUGCCCUGGUACGAUCGUCAUAGGAAAGUACUCAUUGGCGACUGGCAAGAUCACACGAAAACCCAUGAUCACAAGUCGCGGGUGCUCACUGAGCCCUGCCACCACGAAGGCCCUUGUACCCUCGCCAACGGCUGCGAUUGUGUGGCAAACGGCCUGUUGUGCGAACGGUUCUGCCGCUGUACGGUGGAGAAUUGCUCUUACAAGUUUACCGGGUGUGCUUGUUCGGGUACCGGGAAGACGUGCCAGCAGAGGCAGUGCAUCUGCGUACAACUGAACCGCGAGUGCGACCCGAUGCUCUGCGGCAGCUGCGGCGUGGGGGAAAGGACGCUGCCUAAGAAUCGGGAGAACGAUGAGCUGAUGGAGACGGGAUGUCAGAAUUGCUACUUGCAGCGGGGUAGGAGCAAAGCCCUGGCCCCCGGCAAAAGCCUACUCGACGGAUGUGGAUACGGGCUGUUCGCUUUGGAGGAUAUCGCACAACAUGAGUUUGUGAUAGAGUACACGGGCGAACUCGUCAUGCAUGACGAAGGGGUGCGACGUGAGGCGCGGCGCGGGGAAGCCUUCGACAAGGGCUCGUUUACUUCGUACGUCUUUAGUCUCCUGGAUGCCGAAGGAAUCUGGGUCGAUGCCGCUAUCUACGGGAAUCACAGCCGCUACAUCAACCACGCCCAGGACGCCUACAAUCUGGAGCCCAAGAUCGUGUACGUCGGUGGCGAGUACCGCAUCCGGUUUACGGCAAUUCGCAACAUCCAGGCGGGAGAAGAGCUCUUCUUCAACUACGGAGACAGCUUCCCCAACCUGACCAAAAAGAUGAUCAAGGAUAAAACGUCAGAAGACGAUGCCCGGGCUGCCGAGGGGUCACCCAGCAGAAAAGAAAAGGCGCGCAGUAGGCCUGGUGGGAAAGGCGCCGGGAAGCCCAGAAAGAGAGAAAAAGAAAAGGAAAAAGAGAAAAAAGAAAGGGGAAGAGAAGGGGAAAAGCCAGGCGCUCGAAAAGAGGCCCCUCCAACGGCGAUGGACGACUUGGGGGAGCUUACUGAACUUACUGAACCCCCUGCGAGAACCCGAAAACGCAGACGACGAGUGGGAGAACCCGAGGAGGACGAGGGAGCAGAAUACCAUCCUUCCCAGGAGGAGUCGGAGGGAAGAGCAGGUUCGACGGGGUCGCCGGUGUUACCGCACCGACGGCGUGCCCGGCGGAGGCUCCGCAGUCCGAGUGCCGGCUCCGCGGACGUAGACAGGCCAGAGCUCCCCGCAGCGAGGCCAGACAAGGACGGACAGGGUGAAGCGCCGAAAAGUUUGGCAUCGACAUCGCAGGCGCCGAGCACACCGUCCCCCAGGGCGAGGAGGCGCGGCCGACCCCCUAGGCCGAGACACGAAGGCGUUGCGAGUCCCGAGACGAAGACAACGCUACAACGACCACCCGGCCAGGGUCAUCAGCGGGGACGGUUGGCGUUCGACUCGGAGAAUCCCAACGGACCGAGGGAGGUAAAUGGGGAAGCCGACAGGUCUUCUCUUUCCUCGCGGAUGCGACGAGGCCGGAGACGAAUUGCCGAGGACUCGGACGACGACGGAACAGGACGCCCGAGAACGGCAGAUUCCACACUGGAGGUGGACGAUAGCUACGACUCGCAGCUGGGCGCGCCUCCGAGUGUCUCUCGAUCGAAUAGACCGAGGAAACGUCCUGCACGGUAUAGAGAGGAGGAUGCGUGA